ACUAUUAUCAUAUGACUGGCUGGUUGCAUAACAAAAGUGCAGUGUAUAGCCAGCAGAGUAAAAGGUUACACUUCUUGAUUAAUUGUGUUGCAAAAGUGAGUAUGAGUGUAAAGAUGUGAUCAGAACAACUAACCAUCAUGCCAUGUGUGUUUGCCUUCACCUUACUUGAAUGCAUUUUUCUGUUUUUAUCUCACCAAUUGUUUACCUUCUGCCGUGUCCAGGUCCCCAACAACAGGGUAAAGGACGUACCAGUGGCCAUCGUUGCCAGUAAUAGGCCGCACUACUUGUACAGGAUGCUUCGGUCACUGCUGUCAGCUCAUGGGGUGAAUCCCAGAAUGAUCACAGUAUUUAUUGAUGGGUACUUUGAGGAACCACUGGAAGUCACGAAGCUGUUCAACAUUAGGGGAAUACAGCACACGCCAAUAGGCAUGAAGAAUGCUCGGAUAUCUCAACAUUACAAGGCUAGUCUCACUGCAACCUUCAACCUCUUUCCCGAUGCUCAGUAUGCCAUUGUAAUAGAAGAGGAUCUGGAUGUUUCGCCAGACUUCUUCAGCUACUUUAGUCAAACACUGAGGCUGAUAGAAGAGGACGACUCCAUUUACUGCAUUUCUGCUUGGAAUGACCAGGGUUACGAGCACACAAGUGAGGACCCGGCACAGCUGUACAGAGUGGAGACGCCUGGUUUUGGAUGGAUCCUCAAGCGUAGCCUGUACAAGGAAGAACUGGAGCCAAGGUGGCCUACUCCUGAAAAGCUCUGGGACUGGGACAUGUGGAUGCGCCUGCCGGACGUUCGUAAAGGCCGUGAAUGCAUUAUGCCACUUUGGAUCGUCAGGGCUGAACAUAACUCCUACUUUCAAGAUGUCUACUUCAAGAAGCACGCCUUCAACACCCAGCCUGCUGUUCAGCUAAAGGAGAUCGACAGUGUCAAGAAGGAAAACUAUGAGCAGGUGAUCCACGACCUGCUGAGACGAGCCAUUGUGUUAGACCACAGUAAAAGUCCGUGUGAAGAGAAUUUCAUCCCCGACACAAAGGGGGAGGUCUACGUCAUGUUCUUCAAGAUCAAUGGCCUCAGAGAUUUCUCAACGUGGCUUCAAAUUGCCAAGUGCUUCAAAAUAUGGGACCUUGACCCAAGGGGUUACCACAAGAGUAUGUGGCGCCUAUUUAUGAAAGGGAACCAUUUGCUCAUUGUUGGCGUGCCAAACUCUACCUACUCGUCUUUCAAGCCUGCCAAAGUGCCUCCCAUAUACCUUGAGGGACAGAAAAUAGACAAGGACCGGCUGUGAUAGUGUCCGCAGUUGACAGACCCUGCUUCCACUUUUGUGAAGUGCACUGAACUUUCGCCAAGGAGUGCGAAGACAUCGUUUCAUUCGUGUGUGUGUGUGUACGUGUCAUUGCAGUGUGUGUGUGUGUGUGUGUGCAUCUGUGUCUGCAACUACUACUCACCGGCGCCGAUGACCGAAGCGAGGAAGUUGUGACCAGUGACCAUGCGAGACCCUACUGCCAUGAACUAUGCCGUCGAAGUGACUGUAAUGUUGGCCAAAAGGGCUUAGGGCACAGCCCGACCGUGAGGACCGUGCGCGAGAGGUCGCGAUAUCACACUUGUAAUAUAGGCCUGUACAUUUCUUAGGUUUGUUCUGUAGGACGCGAGUAUCUUGCCUAGGCGAGUCCCCGAAGGAGACUUGCGUUGCAUGUGUAGCUUUUACCUUGUCAAACGUGUGCCACUUGAGUGAAGUUCCAUAGCCACAUCAGGUUGUAUAGUACUUAAGUAAACUUGUCCGAAGUCAGUGCAAAAACUCGCAUUUGUAAAUGCAGUUGUUAGAUCCAAGGUCUGCGCAGGAGAGCUGCUAAUGCAUUGCUAGCCGUACUUCACAAACUGGCCAUGGAAUUCAACAUCUGACCAGUAAAACUCAGGAUUAUAAUGGCACAUUUUUGUGAAAUACAAAGACUUAUCGUUACACAA